AUGAGCACGCUAAUCCAGCUGCUUGCAAAUUACUACGAAUCGGUCAUUGAGUGCGAAAGGAUAUACUAUGAGCAUGUAAAUUGCAGUAAGGUCCAGCAGGAGCCCAUGCAGAGGGACUCAUUACUCGUGAAGGAGACAAUCAGCUUACAACGGCAGAUUGCCCAACUGACAGCUGAUUGCAACCAGCAAAAGCGUGAAAAUGAACGGCUCAAGCAAGUCCACAAGACCCAGCUGGCACUGCUCGAGUCCAAACUCGAAAACGCGCGAAAACAUUCGAGGCCCAAAACCCCUGAUGGGGCUACGCGUCGCGACAAAGAUUCAAAAUCAGUGCACCUAUUAAGCCCGAUUAGCAAGAAGAAGCCGAAAGCAAAUGGAAGCAGUAACGGUAUUGCAGGUGCUCAUGGUACACCCUCUGCUGGUCAGAGUAAUGGCCUGCGACAUGCUAUAUAUAAAAACAAGCCGACUCUGUUCGACGAGGACGCAAGCGAAGUUGCUGAGAAUUCAAACGAGAUAUCGUUCCUGACCUCAAUUAAGGGCAAGGAUAAACUAGCUGAUAUAGUGCUUCCAAAGGACACAUUAGAUUCAUCCAGCGACCUCGAGGAAGAAAGCAAUGACGACGCGAAUACUGCCAAAAAGAAUCCCGAACCCGAGCAAAAACAGAAAAAGCGCAGGCUCACUAAGAAGAGAAUACAGAGGGUAGACAGUGAUGGUGAAAAUCAUUUGCUCUCAACACAGGGCGAACAAUGA